GACCCCGAGGACGCGGGUCAUGGGGUCCCCGCCCCUCCUCCUGCUGCUCGCGGGGGCCCUGGUCCUGACCCGCACCCGGGCCGGCCCCCACUCCCUGAGAUAUUUCCUCACCACCUUGUCCCGGCCCGGCCGCGGGGAGCCCCGGUACCUGGAAGUCGGCUACGUGGACGACACGCAGUUCGUGCGGUUCGACAGCGACGCCGCGAAUCCGAGGAUGGAGCCGCGGGCGCCGUGGAUGGAGCAGCCGUGGGUGGAGCAGGAGGACGCGGGGUAUUGGGACCGGAACACGCGGAUCAGCAAGGAAAAUGCAGAGACUGACCGAGUGAACCUGAAGACCGCCCUCGGCUACUACAACCAGAGCGAGGACGGUGAGCCCCGCGACCCGGCCCCGUCACCACCCCCAUCCCCAUGGACCGGCCGGGUCGCCCCGAGUGUCGGGAUCCGAGCUUCACCCCGAGGCUGCGGAACCGCCCUGCCCCCCACCCGGGACCUGCGCUCCUGGACCGCGGCCGACACGGCGGCUCAGAUCACCCGGAGCAAGUGGGAGGCGGCCGGUGAGGCGGAGAGAGUCAGGAACUACCUGGAGGGCCGGUGCGUGGACUCGCUGCGCCGUUACCUGGAGAAGGGGAAGGAGACCCUGCUGCGCACAGACCCUCCAAAGACACACGUGACCCGCCACCCCAUCUCUGAGCAUGAGGUCACCCUGAGGUGCUGGGCCCUGGGCUUCUACCCUGCGGACAUCAGCCUGACCUGGCAGCGAGACGGGCAGGACCAGACCCAGGACAUGGAGUUUGUGGAGACCAGGCCCUCGGGGGACGGGACCUUCCAGAAGUGGGCGUCCCUGGGGGUGCCCCCUGGAGAGGAGCAGAGAUACACCUGUGUUGUGCAGCACGAGGGGCUGCUGGGGCCCCAGAGCCUGAGAUGGGAGCCUCCCUCUCAGACCCCCUUCAUCAUCAUGGGCGCUGUUGUUGGCCUGGUUGUCCUCGGAGCUGUGGUGGCUGGAGCUGUGAUGUGGGCGAGGAGGCGCUCAGGUGGGGCGGGGGGUGUGAGUUUCGUGUCCCCCUGGGGUGUCAUCCCAGGGAGACGUGUGUCCUGCUUCAUUCAUGGGAAGCACCGUCCCCAGGCCUGGGAUUGCCAGUGUGAGGUCUGUGUGCUGACUUCCUGUUUAGUGAGGCAGGUGUGACACUGAGGGACACAUGUGUCACCUGAUGGUCCUAGUGAUGGGGACCCGGCCCCAGCAGUCCCAGGUCAGAGGGCAGGUCCCUGCUGAGGACAGACCUGCAGGAGGGAGGUGGGUCCAGUCCCUGCACAUGCACUUUCCUCAGGUUUCCUGACCCUGCCUUGGGUCUGUACAGACACAGGGUUCUGGGAACUUCUCUGGGCCCAGGACUAGGCUCCUUUAGGACCUCAUGG